AGAGAGAGCCUUUUUGUAUUCUUGCAUAUAUCAUUUUGCCAAUUUACAGUAACAAGAAAUAAUAGAUAGAGAGAAGACAGACACAGAGGUAAAGAGGUUUGCAAAAUACACACACUCACACGCGCAAAGCCAUGUUUGAUGGAGUACCAGAGCAAUUCCACCAGUUCAUAGCUUCUUCAAGAGCUUCAUCGUCACCCCUCCCUCUCCCCCCUCAGCUCUCUGCCUUCCCUUUCCAUGGCUUUGAUCCGUUCCCAAACCCUAACCCUACCCCCAUCCCUCAUCCUCCUCCUUCUCCUCCUCCUUUAUCUGCCUCCCAUCACCAACACCAUCUCUUGCACCUCCACCAUCCCUCCCUACUGUUGCACCAUAAAGAUGUCGCAGCCGAAGAAGAAGAGGGGAAGGAAAGGUCGCUGCUCGCCAUGUCCGCGAACUUCGAUAUCGAGGCCCGAGUCGACCGGUCGAUGCCCGAACCCGUGGAUCAUGGCCCGUGGAGCAACGAAGAAGUGGUUGCACUGCUGAGGAUCGGAUCCAACAUGGAGAACUGGUUCCCCCAGGUCACUUGGGAACAUGUAUCCAGGAAGCUAGCAGAGCUUGGGUUCAAGAGGAGUGCAGAGAAGUGCAAGGAGAAAUUUGAAGAGCAGACAAGAACAUCAUUCAACGACGACAACCACAACAACAUUAAUAUCAACAUUAACUACUCCAAGAACAACAACAAUUAUAGGCUGCUUGUCAACGAGCUUGAGGAGCUCUAUGAUCAUCAUCAUCAUGAGAACCCUCCGACUCCUCCGGAACAACAUCAACAGCUCCAUGAAGUGCCGCAGAGCAACGACAAUGAUGAUGGCAACGUUGAGAAGCCAAUGGAGGAAGAAGACAAGGAGGAGGAGGAGGAGGAAGUGGGAAGAGGAGGAGUAGAGGGGGAGAAAAUGGGGCAGAACAACAUGGAAGAGGUCGACUCGCAAGCCGUGGAAACGACAUCGUUAGCAGAGGAUGAGAAGAGACUGAAGGAGGAGAGGGAGGAGGAUAAGGUUGCUAAGAAGAGGAAGACGUGGGAGAAGUUCGAGAUGUUCAAGCGCUUCUGCGAGAGUGUCGUCGAGAGGCUGAUGGCACAGCAGGAAGAGAUGCACAACAAGCUCCUCGAGGACAUGAUGAGGAGGGACCGGGAGAUGGUCGAGAAGGAAGAGGCUUGGAAAAAGAUGGAGAUGGAGAGGCUCAACAAAGAGCUCGACAUGAGGGCACAGGAGCAAGCCGUUGCCGGCAACCGGCAGGCCACCAUUAUCGAGUUCUUGAAGGGAUUCACCUCUCCUUCCUGCGAGGCCGACAAAGAUGGCAAGGAUCCAAUUCCAAACCCUAGGAACCCCACUGCCCGGGUCGAUACGGAGAAGGAGCCCAAGACUCCAUCCUCAACGGCAGGUCCAGCAGAAGACGAUAGGCCGAAUCUGACUCCUCCUCCUCCGGCCCUUGUCUCUCCUAACCCUAACUCCUCAAGUACGCCCCGGAAUCUAAGAACUAGCAACACCACCGGCGAGUGCUCCGACACCGGGAAGAGAUGGCCAAGGGAGGAAGUGCUGGCACUCAUAAACCUGAGGUGCACCAUCCAAGGGAACAAUGAGGACAGUGAUCAUCAUCAACAGGGAGCCGUAAAGGCUCCGUUGUGGGAGAGGAUCUCGCAAAGGAUGUCAGAGCUUGGCUACACGCGAAGCGCGAAGCGGUGCAAGGAGAAGUGGGAGAACAUAAACAAGUAUUUCAGGAAGACCAAAGACAGCAAUGUCAGCAGGAAGCGGUCAGCUGAUUCCAGGACAUGCCCUUACUUCCACCAGCUGAACGCUUUGUACAACCAAAGGAACAAGCCCGUGCCCAUGCCGGAGCCCUUGGAGAACCACCCAAGCUCGCCGGAAAACCGCCCGAGCUUGCAAGAUACCACCCAAUAAUUACUUUAUUAAAUUCCUCUUCUUUUUUUUUUUAAUGGGUUCUUCCAUGCUUAGUGUUGGUGUAGUGAAAUUCAAAUUAGGGCUAGCUAUGUGCCAAAAGGGAUGCUGAGAAGUGAUAAAAUAUAUGGCUCAGGGGUACGUAUUGCCAGCUUUUCAGAGUCGGCAUAAUUCUGGAAUUGCAUGUGUGCAUGUUUUUGCCUUUCCAUGGUACUAAUUAAGAGGAAGUGGUGCCAUGAUAUUGUCAUGUUGGCUAGCUAUAUUUUUUUUCGGUAAGUUUGGCUAGCUAUAUUAUAUAUCAAAAUUUUAUUUUCUCUCA